AUGGAUAACGAACCACUGUGUGCCGAAAUCGCCAAUGAAUAUGUCAAAGAAGUAAUGACUAACUCACACACCGCCGAAAGUGAUCAGAAUAAUGAUAGGAAAAGAUUUUACUCCGAUGAUAGUGAUGUUGAGGACAUGUCUGGAGCAUUCAGGGAGCGAAAGAAAAGUAAGAGCUGUUUUGAAAGGGACGGAGAAUCAUCAGAAGGACUCAACGCACAAUUUAUGAAGUUUGCUAAUAGUAUGCAGGAUUCCUUCAAGAAAUUAAACAUGAGGAUAGAUGAUUUAGAAGAUAAUCUGGAAAAGAAAAUAGUAGGUAGAAUUUCACAAUCUAUUAAUGCUAAAAUCGAGGAAAGUGUCAAGAAUCGUGUGACAGCAGAAGUGACAAUUAUGAAGGCAGAAAUUUCUGAAAACAUUAAAACAAUAGAACAUAAAAUUGAGAAUUUGAAAAUGACCAGGGAACCAGUCGACCAGAACGUAGAGAGCAGUCGAACAAAGAAUAUAGUGAUUAAAAAUCUCCUGCCCUGCCAGGCUGAGUUGGUGGUGAUAGGGAGUACAGGGUUGUUGGGGGACGAAUUACUCGACAUGUCACUAGUACGUAUACUAGAAGGAAACGAUAAAUUAAAUAUUCCCGGUUUUGAUUGGUUUGGUCGAAACAGGACAGAUGUGCAUAGAAACGCGAAGAGAGGUUCAGGAGGGGUUGGAAUAUUGGUGAAUUCUGAGAUACUUGGACUAUAUGAUGCUACUGUAUUGGAUGAUUCUAAAGAAGACAUUUUGUGGUUAAAACUAUCGAAUAAGACUCUUCGUAAUAGUGACCUGUGUAUUUGUGCCUGUUACGUUCCGCCUUCGAACUCUACUCGAGCAGGGGACGUAGACACUUUUUUUAAUGAUCUAUUGCAACAAGUUUACUGUUUUCGAAAUGAAGGAAUACUAUAUAUGGCGGGUGAUUUUAAUGCACGAUGUGGUGACGAACAGGAUUUUAUUGCUGGGAUGGAUGAUAUACCAGGCAGAGACAUAAUUGAUACUACAAGUAACCUUUAUGGAGAUAAACUUAUUGACUUUUUGACAAGCUGUAAUUUAUGUAUGCUAAAUGGGAGAGUAUAUAGUGAGCAUGGUUCCAAUAAUUUUACGUGUGUGUCUAAACGAGGAAAAUUUGUGGUUGAUUAUGCUAUUACAACUCAUGAACAAUUAUCAAACUGUAAAUCGCGCAGUGUUUAUCUUAUGUCUGAUUUAAUAAACCUAUGUGGAAUUCAGUUUGAAAAGUCGGUUCCUGACCAUGGACCUAUAAUCUGGACAAUUGAUGUACAAAACGCCACGUCGAAUGCAGAUCAUUUUCCAGUGCUGAAUAAAACUAUACGAUAUGACACUCGUAAAAUACCAAGAGACUUUCUUACAAAUAUUAGCGGUGUAGAAGAAAAAAUUAUUGGACUAGAAUAA